CGCUCUGACGCCUCGGUGCACCGUCGCUCGCUGCUUCCUCUCUGCCUGUCUGUCCGGCGGACGCAGAUCGUUUGGCACGCACCAGCCCCGCCGCGAGCCAGGAUGCGGCGGCCAGGCGGCGAGUGAGCCAGCGCGCUGAUCGGCCGCGGACCCUGGGACAUGCGGCGCGCGAGUGGUGUCCGAGUUGUGCGGUGGUGUUGACGUAUUGCAGCAGCGAGUCGCCGUCGGCGCCGACCAGCCAGCACGCUGCAGCGAGACGGCUGCGCGAUGUGCAGCACGGAGAUGGCCGAGGCCGCGUACCCGCUGUCGCCCGGCGGCGCGGCCGCGUCGGCGGGGGGCUGCCAGCGCCGGCGCAGCGCCUCGCCCGGGGCGCGCGCGCGGCCGGGCUCGGGCGAGCGGCGCCCGGCCGGCGGCGGCGGCGGUGGCGGCGGCGGCGGCGGCGGCGGCGGCCUCGACGACGACGAGAUCUCCGUCGGCUGCCCGAGCCCGCUGCCCCUGGUGGUGCAGCCGCGGCCGCGGCGAAGGCGCCGCGUGGCGGGCGAGGCCGAGGAGGCCGAGGAGGCGGACGAGGCCGACGGGGGGGCGGACGAGGCCGAGGAGGCCGAGGACGCCGACGAGGAGGACGACUCGAGGUACGGGCGCCGGCGGCUCGGCGCCGAGCUCACCUCGCUGCGCCCGGCCGAGGAGGAGCAGGCGGGCGCCGGCGGCGAGCGGCGGCGCCUCGGCUCCGACGACUACUUCAAGCCGCUCAAACGGCUGAAGAUGGUGCCGCUCCAGCAGCAGCAUCAGCAGCAGCAGCAGCAGCAGGCCCACUCGGACGAGGAGGAGGAGGAGGAGGAGGAGGCGGCGGCGGCGCGCGAGCGCGGCGUCAAGUCCUUCAGCAUCCUCGACAUCCUGUCGCACAGGCCCAAGGCCAAGAUUGUGCGGCCGUGGGACAGCGGCAGCGGGUGCAGCAGUCCGCCGGCCCCGCGCCAGCCCGGCCAGGCGCCGCCGCGCGGCCGGCGGCCGGCGCCCCUCGGCCUGCGCCAGCCGCCCGCGCAGCCGGCGCUGCUCGGCCUGCCGCCGCACCAGCACCAGCUGCACCCGCUGGCCCAGCUGCCGCGCGACCUGUCGCUCAUGGGCGUGUCGCUGGCCUCCAUGUCGGGCUCCAUCAGCGAGCCGCCGCUCAGCAGCUCCUCCUCGUCGGGCCGCAGCUCCGUCUCGGACUCGGGCAGCCCCGACCCGCUGCUCCACCAGCACCUGCAGCGCCAGCAGCUGCAGCAGCCGCACCACCCGUACGCGCUGCACCCGGGCCUGCAGGCCGGCCAGCAGUCGGCGCUGCGCAGGAAGGCCGCGCAGCAGCAGCAGUCGCAGCAGGCGGGCAAGCGGGCGCCCGGACAGGGCAGUCCGCUGGACGCCCUCUUCCAGAUGACCAGCAAGACCUUCGACGCCGGCGAGCACAGCCAAGAGCAAGCCAGCCACCUGAACCUGUUCAACAACCGGCAGCAGCCGAAGAAGAAGCGAAAGAGCCGGACGGCCUUCACCAACCAGCAGAUCUUCGAGCUGGAGAAGCGCUUCCUGUACCAGAAGUACCUGUCGCCGGCGGACCGCGACGAGAUCGCCGCGCAGCUGGGCCUGAGCAACGCGCAGGUCAUCACCUGGUUCCAGAACCGGCGCGCCAAGCUCAAGCGCGACAUGGAGGAGCUGAAGAAGGACGUGCAGACGGUGAACCCGCUGCUGGUCGCCCAGCACCACAAGACCUUCCUGGAGAACGUGCAGGACCUGGGCAUCUUGAAGAAGCGGCCGCUGCCCGCCUCCUCCUCCCUCGACGACAAGCCCUAAGCGCCGCCAGCGCUCGUUCGCUUUCUCUGUAUUAUAGUGUAAUUAUCAUAAAUUAUUUUACUUUACUCGACUCUCGUUCGCCAGUUCGUUGGCGAGCUCCGCAGGCUGUUGUUUAGAUAUUAUCGCUGCCAGUCUCUGAUACACCGUGUACAUAGUUAGUCCGCGAGUACUGUAAAUAUCGAAGGAGUCGUGGCGCCCGCUCAGGGCGUCCUAUCAGAGCUGCGCUGUUCGAUGUGCAUUGCGUCAUUGCGUCAUUGCGUCAUUGCGUCAUUGCGUAUAAGCUAUUUAUGAAACUAGCCAGAACUUUGUCUACUGCGUCUAGGAUAGAUCUAUAUUAUAUAUGAUGAUAACUGAUUGUACCGUGUAUAUCGUCGAUUGAUGUGUCGCGUGGCGACCGAUUGAAACUCGUAGAGUUGCAUUGUUACAUAGCCAAGUAGUGGACCUAGAAUCGGAAGCCAGUAGAGAAUGUGUACAUAAUAAAUGGGAGCUGAACACGAUGAAGCUGA